AUGGCCUCUGAUAGCGUUCCUAUCUCAGUAGCCCUGCAACCGAACGACAUCGAUGCCGUUCCCAACCUGAUUAAAGAACUCCAGGCAGGUCUUGACAGCUUAGCCAACGGAGGAGAUGCUGCCCGUCAUGAGAUGCUCCUCAAGGCAAGGACAUUGACCCAGGCUCUCGAGGCCCCUCGUGAGACCAUGGUCAAACACUGCUGGGCCCAGACCGGUGCUCUUGCUGGCCUUAACUUUGGUGUUGACUCCGGACUAUGGAAGCUCAUGGCAAAGAACGGCGAUAAGCCCCAAAAAGUGGAUGAUCUGGCCUCUACCCUUGGAGUCGACCGAGUUCUAUUAGCUCGCCUAAUGCGCCACUUGGGCGCCAUGGGUUACCUGAAGGAGGUUGGAGUGAAUGAGUACCAGCCCACCAACUUCACAAAGUCAAUGAGUAUCCCCAUCAUCGGUGAUGGUUACUUGGCCAUGACCUCUUGCACUGGAGCAGGUCCUCUUCGCUUCCAUGAGUACUCGCGAAAGCGAGGCUUCAAGAACCCCGAGGAUGCCAAGGAUACGGCGUUGAUGUAUGCCUUCAACAUGGACAAGGACAUGUUCUCGUGGCAACAGUCCCUGGGGUAUGGGCCUCACUUCAAUAACCACAUGGGUGGCUACCGCCAGGGCCGCCCCCCGUGGAUGGGUCCUGGGUUUUACCCCGUCAAGGAGAACUUGAUCAAUGGUGCUGACACAAGCCCUGAUGCUCCAUUCAUUGUCGACAUUGGAGGAAGUAUUGGCCACGAUCUUGUUUCUUUCAAGCAGCACCACCCUGAUCAUCCAGGCAAGCUGGUCCUGGAGGAUCUUCCCGUCGUCAUCGGCCAAAUCACGGACCUGGACUCUGAGAUUGAGCGUGUGAGCUAUGACUUCCAUACCGAGCAGCCGAAGAAAGGUGCUCGUGCUUAUUACAUGCACUCCGUCCUUCACGACUGGCCCGACAGUGUCUGCAAGGACAUUUUAUCUAAUAUCAAGGCCGCCAUGAAACCCGGUUACAGCAAGCUGCUGAUCAAUGAGAACGUCAUCCCCGACACUGGUGCGUGGUGGGAGACUUCAGCCCUGGACAUGGUAAUGCUCACCUUGUUCUGCUCCAAGGAGCGUACCCAGGCCGACUGGCACAACUUACUAGAGAACAUGGCUGGCCUGAAGAUUGUGAAGAUCUGGAGCGCUGGGAAGGGUGUUGAAAGUCUCAUCGAGGUUGAGCUUCCUUGA